AUGUCUCACACAUUCGUCAGUAAUCUCACAACCACAAACUCCACCUUCUCAUCAACGGCUCAAAUAGAGCCGGAGUUUAAAGCUAUGGAUCUUCCACUGCUUGAGUCAACGUCCAAAGCACUCGGUAUCUUCCCCGAAACUGGCAUUCAUAACCAGCACAACAAAACCCACUCACACCAGCACCAAAAGCAACCGAUGCAAGAGCAGCAACAAGAAAUCCAUCAUAAACUUCAUCAGCACCAUCAGUGCCAUGAGAACCCUCACCAGUAUCAUUCUUCUUCACGCAGACGAGCCGCAUCCUCAACGUCAAAUUUCAAAAGUAGAGCUAUUUUACCAACAAGAACAAUUUCGCGUGGAUUAUUCAAAGGGUACAAUGAUAUGCGUCGAUUCAACUGUUUCUCCAAAGAAUGCAGUCUCAAUCUUAAUGAGUUUCAAAAUUGCCUGUAUUGUCGCCACAUUCCUUACAUUCCUUCCCCCUUGAAAGUUGUCGAAUGUAAUAAGCACAAUGAGGAAGUUUCCACUAGUGGAACAAACGACAACAAAGAAAUAGCGAGACACAGAACAUCAAUAUGGGCAAGUAACAAUAUUGAAAAUAGACCCAACGAGUUUGGGAAUAAAGGCGAGGAGAUGGACGCUUUGGAUGAUUAUCUUUAUCAGUGGAAACAGCAACAAGAUUUCAAGAAAAUGAGAGUGCCCUCACAGGGUCUGGCAUUCAUUGCGUCUCGGGAAAAGUCAAGACAACAGCUGCAGCAGAAGCAGCAGAAACAACAUCAGUUUGUAUCCUCGUAUCCAUCCCAAUCUAUUUCAAACACAUUAGACCAAAUGUCAGCUCCAAACUCGCAUCUGUACCCAUCUUUACAUGAGCAGCAUCCAAGCAAAUUAUUUAGCACCGUCUGUGGAGCCAACCAAAAAAUUGAAGAAUCGACUCAAAACAAAACAUUUGGAAUGAUUGGUCUUUUGAGAAACUCUGAUUUCCCGCUUAAACAAAAGUUUAUCGAAAUCAAGAAAACCCUGUCGAGGAGAGGUAUCAAAACGCAACGCUCUAGCACAGCACCAUCCACAGAAGAUUUGUAG